AUUUUCAUAGUUGGUCUUGUUCUGCUGGAGAAGCGCAACGUUCGCGUAAUUAUUUCUAUAACAAAAAAGUGAGUUCUUAGCCGCACCACCGUGCAGUGAAACAUUUUAUUUGCUUAACAUUAAUUCCAAUUAACGCACAUUUCUGUGGAAAAUACUAGCCAGAACGUUGAACAUCUAAACAAACCACAAUGUCGAACCUAAAACACUUCGAUGAUGAGGAUAGCGAGGGCAAAUAUGGCCGUGUUUUCGCCGUAUCCGGUCCUGUCGUCACAGCCGAGCGUAUGGCUGGCUCUGCUAUGUACGAGUUGGUGCGUGUCGGUUACUACGAAUUGGUCGGUGAAAUUAUUCGUCUGGAAGGUGACAUGGCCACCAUUCAAGUAUACGAAGAAACCUCCGGUGUAACUGUUGGUGAUCCCGUGUUGCGUACUGGCAAACCAUUGUCCGUCGAGUUAGGUCCCGGUAUUAUGGGCAGCAUUUUUGAUGGUAUCCAACGUCCAUUGAAGGACAUUAACGAAUUGACUCAAUCCAUCUAUAUUCCAAAGGGUGUGAACGUGCCCAGCUUGUCACGUACUCAAGCAUGGGAAUUCAACCCACUCACAGUUAAAGUUGGUUCGCACAUAACCGGUGGCGAUCUUUACGGUAUUGUGCACGAAAACACAUUGGUGAAACACAAGAUGAUCGUGAAUCCACGUACCAAGGGUACCGUGCGUUACAUUGCGCCAUCGGGCAACUACCACAUCGAUGAUGUCGUUUUGGAAACAGAAUUCGAUGGUGAGAUCACCAAACACACUAUGUUGCAAGUGUGGCCAGUGCGUCAGCCACGUCCAGUCACUGAAAAAUUGCCCGCCAACCACCCAUUGUUAACUGGUCAGCGUGUAUUGGACUCGCUGUUCCCCUGUGUACAAGGUGGUACCACCGCCAUUCCCGGAGCUUUCGGUUGCGGCAAAACUGUCAUCUCACAGGCUUUGUCCAAAUACUCCAACUCUGAUGUCAUUGUUUAUGUCGGUUGCGGUGAACGUGGUAACGAGAUGUCUGAAGUAUUGCGUGAUUUCCCCGAAUUGUCUGUUGAAAUUGACGGUGUCACCGAGUCCAUCAUGAAGCGUACCACUCUGGUGGCCAAUACCUCCAACAUGCCUGUCGCUGCUCGUGAAGCCUCCAUUUACACUGGCAUCACACUAUCCGAAUACUUCCGUGAUAUGGGUUACAACGUUUCCAUGAUGGCUGAUUCCACCUCCCGUUGGGCCGAAGCUCUUCGUGAAAUUUCUGGUCGUUUGGCUGAAAUGCCUGCCGAUUCUGGUUACCCCGCCUACUUGGGUGCUCGUCUCGCCUCCUUCUACGAGCGUGCUGGUCGUGUCAAAGCUUUAGGUAACCCCGAACGUGAGGGCUCCGUUUCUAUUGUCGGUGCUGUGUCGCCACCUGGUGGUGAUUUCUCAGAUCCUGUCACCACCGCUACUUUGGGUAUCGUACAGGUGUUCUGGGGUUUGGAUAAGAAAUUGGCUCAACGUAAGCAUUUCCCUUCGAUCAAUUGGUUGAUUUCCUACUCGAAAUACAUGCGUGCCUUGGAUGACUUCUAUGAGAAAAACUUUGCGGAAUUCGUGCCAUUGCGUACCAAGGUCAAGGAAAUUCUGCAAGAAGAAGAAGACUUGUCUGAAAUUGUGCAAUUGGUCGGUAAAGCUUCGCUGGCCGAGACCGAUAAGAUCACACUCGAGGUGGCGAAAUUGUUGAAGGACGAUUUCCUGCAACAGAACUCAUACUCGUCAUACGAUCGUUUCUGCCCCUUCUACAAGACAGUGGGUAUGUUGAGAAACAUGAUUACUUUCUACGACUUGUCCCGCCACUCUGUCGAAUCGACGGCGCAAUCCGAAAACAAGAUCACAUGGAAUGUUAUCCGCGAAGCUAUGGGCAACAUCAUGUACCAGCUAUCGUCCAUGAAAUUCAAGGAUCCAGUGAAAGAUGGUGAAGCUAAGAUCAAGGCGGAUUUCGAGCAGCUGUACGAGGAUAUGCAACAGUCCUUCAGAAACUUGGAGGAUUAAGAUGCUGCAGUUAUUCCACUUAUACUUGCUUUAAUUUUAAAAUGUACUAAAAGACAAGGACCCUAUCAUAUUGUUAUGUAGAUUAAUUAAUCGAAAGUCAUGUAGACGUGUCAUCCCCAGCAGCAAUGAAACAAAACCAAAAGUGAAAGUGGCACAAAAUAUUCCUUUGUAAAAGACAAAAUCAAGCAUUCCAAACUGUAGUGUUGAAAAAAGUGCAAUUAAGACAUUAACUGUUAUUAUUCCAGCGAUUUCCAGCAAAAAUGUAAAAAUGAAAAAAUAACAUUCCGACUUUUUUGGUGUUUUUACAUACAAAUGUAUUAAAUGAAAAAUGAACUGUUAACUGCAGGCAAAAAUUUGAAAACACAAACAAACGUCCUAAUAUACACUUCCAAUAUUAUUGUUAACAUUUGUAUUUUUUUUUUGUCUGGAAUGUAUACUGUGCACAAAUUUUGUUUACACACACACGCACACGUGUACGCAAACAGAAGACGUGCUACUGCAAGCAUAUUGGGUAUUUGCUAUCCACAAAAUGCGCAUUCGAUUUAUCGAAAAUAUCCAUAGCAGUCAAACGUGUGGAUAAAUGCCAGCUUACAUAGACAUAUACAUACAUAUUUAAAUGCAUACCCGUAGUAUUAUUUGUUUAAUUGAAUUUCUUGUUUGUCAAAAUCUAAAUGUAUUGUUUUCGCUGCUAACAGCUAGCCUUCGUUUGUUGAAUGUAAUGUAAAUAAUUACCUUAUUAAAAAUGUAUUGUGAAAAGUGCAUUCUGAAAUAAAAUGUGCAGCCUCGAGCUACAUUUUACUGUAAACAAACAUAAAA